GUCGUAAAGAAGUUUUACAAAAUAUUAAAAACUGACUGAGAUCCAAUAAGCCUUGAUUAGUAUAUCAGAAAAGAAAAUAAAUAUUCUGUUUAAAAAAAUAUUUUAAUAAAAUGAAUUGGUUUAACAAUAUUUGCGAAGAAAGUCGUUCCAAGUUUUCUGUGAAAAAAGAAGCCUUUAAAGUUCAGCGUAAAUAUGAAAAAAAUCGCAAUCUUAUGAGCGCAGAUGAGUGCUAUAGCCUUAUAAAGAAUAACUUAAAGCCAAGAAGAAUUGUCCGAGAAGACAUAGUUUGGAAAAUUCCCAUUCUACUUAUUUGCUUUGGCUGCGUUCUAGUUUUAUUGAUGGCAUUCUGUUUCGUAUUCAACUGCUUUAUAACAAAGGUAAAAGCCACUAAAAUGCCUAAGCGGUUUGAAUUUGAUAUUUGUGAACAGCAACCAGUUCACAGAGGUGUACAUAGUGAACGACCGAAUCAAGAUUCCAAAACUUGCUGCAAUUGCUCCAAUAGAAAGUGAAGAGAAAAUUCACUAAUUUUCAAUCCAUAUAGCCCGUAGUUUUGUAAAUACGUGUUUCCCGUAUAUUACUUUAAAAACGUGAUAUUUCACAGAUUAUUUUUCUUCAUACCAUAUUUCACGA